AUGGACCAUAUUGUGCCAUUAGAUGGUGAAAUUGAAGAUAUAAGCGAGGAUUUGCUGUCGCCUUCGGUCAGUCAUGAAUUUUCAAGUGACAGUAAUGAGAAGAAUGACUCAUGGCAAGAGCAGAAAGGGUCACGUUGUGGGAAUGUAACUGUCGGCGAUCUUGGAGAUUGGCAUGGUGGUGGAUUCGGAUUGAAGCUGAUGCAAAAGAUGGGCUACAAAGUCGGCGAGGUGAAAUCACGAGUGCGAGAGGAGAUAAAACACGCCCACGACUCACUAGAUGCCGAUAUUUUUUCUUUUUUGAAUCGAAAAUUAGAGCAGCAGUCAACGAAAACAGAACAUGAAGAGAUCAAAGAAGAUAUUCGCAUGCUUGCAAAAAGCAGUACGAAGUCGCUCGGUGUUAAAGGUAUCGAUCUCGAAUGUGAACUCAAACAAUUGCGUGGCAAGGAGAGGAAGUUGCGAGAAGGUAUUGCUCGCAAUAAACACGACAAACGGACAGUGGAUCGGAUGAAAGUACAGUUGGCUGAGUUGGAGAAAACAAUCGAAAAAGUGCAAGCAAAACAACAGCGAGUUCAUUCGGAAAUCGACGAUCGACAGAAGAAGAAAAAGAAAGACAUAUUCUGA